GUUUAGCCAAUAGGAAGGAGGGCGUGAAGGCCAUCCGGGGCCGUUGUAUUACGAGGAAAUGGUUUGACAGUCUGUGUGCAUGUGCAAGGCUUAUAAUUUUCUACUAAGCAAGCAUGGCUGAGCUCCAGUGUUUGUCGUGCAGGAAGCAGACUGAAGCUGAUCUGGAGUACGACUUCAGAAAAAUCACCCCACUGGGUAUUUAUGACAUCUUCUUCAGUCUGCCCUUCAGCCCACUUAGCAAAGAAUGGAGCAGCUCUAAUGUCGCAACCUGGGUAACGGCACAGACUAAGUUUGAUGAAGCAGCAGCAGAGGUCAAGCAGCUGAAGGCGAAGCCGACUGAUGAGGAGAUGUUGCAGAUCUACUCGCUGUUCAAGCAGGCCACCGUGGGUGAUGUGAACACAUCUCGUCCAGGGAUGUUUGAUUUCACUGGAAAAGCUAAAUGGGAUGCCUGGGAGAAGCAGAAGGGUAAGAGCAAAGAGAACGCCAUGAACGAGUACAUCAGCCUGGUGGAGGAGCUAAAGCAGAAAUAUGGAAUAUAAUGUGGCAUGAUGGCAACCAACUGGCCAGGAAAUCUGCUCCAUGGACUGUGACUGGCACCAGUCUCCAUGCCUGCACAGUUAAAACGCCUUAAAACUCAACAAGUGUGUCUGUAAACAGCUCACAUGUGAACACCUGGUGGAUUGCUUCUAGUCCUAGAAACUGACCCAAGUAGCUGCUGAUGGACACAUUUAAAUUGUGUAUAUAUCAAGUUUCAGUAUUCAUGUGUUUCUGCAGAAAGUCCUGUCAUUUCAAUAAAAAACUCAUCUUAAAGUGUGA